GCGUCACGCAGCUGGGGUACAUGUGGUGUGCUGAAGCCAUCCUUUACUCAAGGUCCGCCUUGGAGGAUGUUCUUUCCUUGGCGCUCCACGAGCGGAUCUGGGCACAGGACGAGACGGUACCGCAUCUCUACAGCGCCAGACCGUGGAACCCGCGGUUCAUGGAGUCCCUGCGGCGAGCAGGCUUCCAACGUCAGUGGAUCGCUGGAGUUCCCUCUGGAGAGAUCGAAGACGGUUGGGUUCAGCAGCUGGAGUACUUCAAAGAAGAGUUGGACGGCGCGCUGGGAAACGCUUGGAGGAGCUCGAACUCAUCCGAGCUCUGA